GCCUGUGGCCGUUGGAUGUACCGGUACAAGGUGGAGGAAAAAUUGUCAACAGUUAUUUACCUUGAAGCUUGUGGUUACUGUGAAGGUUAUGAUUGGCAAAAGCGGAAGACAGGUGUGACAUUUCAGAGAGCAACGCCAUAAAACAACGGACCAAAGUAGCUAUCUAGCUAGUUGUACCGUACAGAAAUGAAGAGGCUGAAAUGCAGGUGAUGCUGACUGUUCCGCCCUGCGAUGAGGUUAGCUAGCUCUAGCAGCUAAUGCUAUUGACGGAGAGGAAGAGGACGCUGGAACUGGGCAGAUCCUGCUCUAUCGCUGAAUGACCUCAUUAUUUGGACGUUAUACGUUUAUUCCCUCUGAAGAACAAAGCAAGAAAAUUGAAUAUGUGGCGCUGCUUUCACAAGUAUCCUGUCCAUAGCUAAAGGUCUUAUAGAAGUGGUUGUGUAGCUAAUACUGCGAGUGUGUGCCAACGUUAGAUUUUUUAGAGUUAACGGCAAUGGUAGUGAGAAAGUUCGCUGUUAGAGGCUGUUUUCCGCUUUUUGAAGAUAGAUAGCCGAACAAGGUUGAGUUGUGGACAACAAUCUGUGGCCUGCGAGGAUGAGCUGCAUUUUCCUAACUUGUUCGUUAGCUGGGUCGGCUAUCUUGCUGAACUGAAGAAGCUGAACAUACUGUACUGUAACGUAGCUGGACAGCUAAGCGCCAGCCCCUGUGCAAGGAAGGAACCACUGCAGCUGUCCUCUUGGGUUCGGGGAUGUGAUGAGCACGAUUAUCUGCAAAUAAUUUAUUGAGCUCCAGCUCUGAGCCCACCCAUGACCCCACUGGACGCUCAUGGAUGAGAAGGCCUUCCCCAAGCCCACCAUGGUCUCCAGGCUGCCCAAAUUCGGGGCCCGCCCCCAGGGCGUAGUCGUCCCCGUGGCUAACGGGCCGGUCCAGCCUGCGCCGGAGGGAAAGGGCGCCCCCCAGGGGGGACAGAACGGGGUGGCCCGCCUGCCCUCCUUCUCCAUGCGGUGGAGGAAAGAGAACGGGACUCUCGCUGCCCCACCCACACAGGAUGAGGGGGAGGGGCCCGGCGACGACGGCUCCGCCCCCCAUUGCCAGCGGCAACCGUCCCCAGUAGCGAGGGAGAUCAAAAAGCCCUCAAUCAAGGCAGGGAGGUUCAGCUCCACCGCAGCCCCCGUCAGCCCCAAGCCCUCCAGCCAGAUCAGCAAAUCUUCCCCCCGCGGGGCGGUGAAGCCCUGCCCCUCCAAGCCGGCGCUGAACGGGCUGGGCGGGGCGGCGGCCGUCUCCGCGGGUCGUUUCGGCUCUGGCCUGCCCCGCCCCGGCUCUCGGGACAGCCUAUCGCGCUCCCAGGACAGCCUGAAGUCCCUCCCGCUGGACAGCAUGGUGCGAUCGCAGAGCCUGACCCACGUCCGGCAGCUGCCCUCGCCCCCCGGGCUGCCCAUCCCCCGCUCCUUCUCUUUCAACCGGGCGGUGGAGCUGGCCAAACCGCUGGCCGACACCCAGCUGCGGGCCCGGGCGCCCGUCCUCCGGCCCCCUCUGCUGCCGGGCGCGGCCCCCCGCUGCUCCACCCCCCCCACGCCCAUGAAGAAGCUGCUGAUGCCCAGCUGCAUCCUGGGAAAGCCCUCCACGCUGGGCUACAGGCUGAGCCGGCCGUCUCUGGCCAAGCUUCCCCGCCCGCUCGCCUCAGGGCCGCUCCCUAUUGGCCUGAAGAUGGGACAGGGGGGCGGAGAAGCAACGUCCGAUGCGUCACCCGUCACAUUGGACCCUCUGAGCAACGGCGAGAGGGCGCGGGCGGACCCGGGUGCCGUUGCCUUGGCGACAGGCCCGGCCCCUCUGCGGUGCCUGGGCGACGGUCUGGAGGACAUGUCGCUCUCCUCCGCCUCCUCGCUGGACAGGAACGACACCAGCGAGGACUUCCUGGACGACUUCGACACCCUGGGCGACGGGGUGCUGCUGCUCUCCACCCACCGCGGGGAGGACCUAGCCGGGCCUUUCCCCUUGGACGAUGACGCUAUCCCCGACAACCGGCGGCCGGGCACAUCCACCCAGACGCACCUGGACGAGUUCCUGCAGGACGAUGUGGACUGGGUGGGGCUUAGGCUGUCAGGCUGCAGGGAUGACCACGGCCCCCUGGCCCUGUCCCCAGAGAUAGACUUCCCCCCCGGCUCCUCCCUGGAGCUCUCUCCCUCCAACAGUUCGGGAGGCACCUACAUGUGGGACGAGGAGGGCCUGGAGCCCCUGUGCUGCACCCACCCCUGCGGGAGCUACGACUCGGACAUCAACAGCACGGACAUUGUGGACCACCUGGAGUCAUGUGACCUGGAGGAUGAUGACCUCAUGUUGGAUGUGGAUCUAACAGAGGACGCCUCACUUCACAGUGACGCUGACGGAAUGUCCCACUUUGAGCAUUCGGAGAGGGGUGGAAGGCAGGGCCACUGGAGGAGGCGACAGCAUCACUGGGCCGGGCCGGACCACUUCCACAACGACAACAGAAGAGGCCUGCUCCAGCUGGGCCGCGUGGGGCCUGCAGUGAGGCCGGACGGCCACAUGGGGGCGCUGGACCAGAUGACCCUCAGACACAUGGCUCAGGACUGCACCUCCGUUAAAGCCCAGCUUCUCAAACUGAAGAGUCUGCUGCAGAUGGAGGACCUGGGUCUGGGGCAGGACGAGCUGCUAUCGGGCCCCCUGAGUCCAGAAUCCAGCGAGGACGCAAACACAUCCCUACAGGUGGAGGAGCUGAUGAGGGAGGUGCAGGAGCUCCGGGAGGAGCUGAAGAGGAAGGACAGAGCCAUCGCCCAGCUGAGCCACCAGGCGUCUGUGCCCGGCCAUGCCGUGCGGUGCCAGUGCCAGCAGAGGGCGCCAGCGGUCCGGGGAGAGAGGCGGUCGCAUCAUGACAAGGCCACACAGACUCCCUGGAGAGGCCAUGCUCCUCAAAUACUACAGCCUUCCAAGCACUGCCUCAGCGAUCCCCACUCCCCGCAAAGACUAGCAAACUCAGCCCCGUCCGAGGACCGCUGUGAGCCCGCCCCCGUCGCCCGCGGCAACGCCCCGCCCCGCCGCCGGUCACGCCCCUCCCCCAGGCGCGACGCGUCCCCAGCCGUCCGGCCGGAAGCCCGGGAGCCGAACCCGCCGCACGGCGAACCUGGGGGCCCCGCUGGAGCCUCAGGGGCCCGGCUCUCCCUCCCCGCGCCCCACGGCGCUUCACCAGAGCGGGGCCCCCCCCCCCGCUGCCGCCCCGCCCCGUGUCCUGCGCACCCCCCGCCUGAACCGAAGGGCUCCUUUCCCCGCCCCGCCACCAGAGGGAGCCAUAGCAGCCCAGGGCAGGCUGGAGGGUAGGGGUGAGCCUGGGCUUAGUGGCUCUGUCCCAGCGCCUAAAACUAUGCCCCCUCCCUCCAGGGGCCUGCCCUGCUUCAGCCCCUCCCUGCCCAGAGCCCGAUUCGGACACGCACCUCAGCUCACGCACGCAGAAGGGUCCGGAGAAUCCCAGUGCAGCCUGCCCAGCACCAGAGGUUUAGUCGCGCAAACCUACUCCCGUCUUCCCACGCCAAAGAUCCCCUGACACACAAACAGACAUACACACGCACACACGCCCGCACACACGCACACACACACACACACACCCACACACCCACACGCACGCACGCACACACACACACACACACACACACACGCACACACACACACACACACACACACACACGCACACUAUCAGGUGGGUUGCAGAAGCAUGUGUGGUUACCGGACACAGCCAACCAGCAGCAGAUGUGUGUAUCUUUCAGGAUAAAUACAGUACGGUUUAACCCUUUUAAAUACAGGUGAACUGUGUGGUUUAACCCUGUUUCAGUUUAUAUACACGUGAACAGUGUGGUUUCAACCCUGUUCAUAGUGUAGUUUACAUACAUAUUAACUGUGCCAUUCAACACCGUUUCAGUUUAAAUACAGCUGAGUAGUACAGUUUAACAGUGCUUUAGUUUAAAUACAGCUAAGCAGUAAAGUUUAACACGGAGCUUUAGUUGAAAUACAUUUGAGCAGUGCAAUUUAAUCCGGCUUCAGUGUAAAUCCCAGAAUGCACUUAAUUCACUUUACAGCCAGAUCUUAGCCCUGUCAAUCACCGGCUGCGUAUCCUCCCUGUAGAUGUCCGUUUGAGAAGCAACUCUAACCCUCCUGCAAACACAGGAACUGUAAGACGUUUCAUUUACUCCAGAAGAGAAAGCUGGUUCUUUAACUCUUCCUGAGACCGACUGCUGUUUGGGAGAAUUGACUGGAUAGCGCUGUUGGUAUCAUGAGGGGAUUUAAAGUGGUGAUUUAAAGAGCUCUCAGCGAGACUUUUGAUUUGCACACAAAUGAGUCUUUAAUCCAAGGCCGCGGAGAGAAAAGGCACUCCCCCCGGGCUCUGUCGCCGUACAGUCAGACCUGGCAGCCAGUCUCUGGCCCUGUUGUAAUGUGUCCCACCUGGCAACCCAGCUGUUGGAGUCCUGACAAACACUACAGACUCCCCCCUGACAAGUGAGCGAGAGACUCUCUCCCUCCCUCGCUCAGCGGGCGGGACUUCCUGUUCCUCUGUGUUACGAGGCCAGAUGCCCUAUAAAACACACCUGCCCGCGGUGUAGGGUCAGUAUUUCCCCCUCUCAACCCACCUUCAUCCAUCACACCUGAUAAACAAGCUGUCAAUAGUGAAUAAUACACUGACAGGUAGUGCAGAUGAUGUACCUCUACUCUCUCCUGUAGCCUUCCCCUUCUUUGCUCGGUAGAGUUUGUAAAUAAGUUAACAUUCAGAGUAAAAAUAUAUGUCAUUGUUAAAAAUAAUAUGCCUAAUGUAAAAAGAUAAAACACUGUUAAAUAGCUUGUUGGUUUUCAGCACAGCACGCAGUAAAUACUGGAGAAACAGCAUAUCUGUUCUCCUGCGGGAUCGUUUAAGAUCUUUAAAUCAUCAAUUUUCCCAGGGUGUGAACAACAGAGAACAUUUAUCUGCGACUUCAGAUAAGUGGAUACGGGCAAAGGCACAAAGUUGUACUGUAAUGUAAAAUAAUUCUACCGCUCACUAGCAUAGAAGCCCUAAUUGGUAUUGACAUUAUUCGGCUAAUUAAUUGUACUUGUACUGAAUUGUACAGUGAUCGGUAAAGUAAUUUUUUUGCCCUCUUGAAAAUGUGAAAACGUAAUUUUGACUCUAUUACAAACCGGGAAAAAUGUCUGCUGCCUUCCUGCAUCGUGUCAUUUGCAUCAUGUCAGACAACAGCUGUCUGCUGAUGCUGGUAAAUAUUUAGCUUUGGCGUGUAACUCCGUACCAGAAGUCAGCGGUUAUUUCCGUGUAUGGGUAAUAGCAAGCGCGCGGGUAUUCAGGCGCAAAAUAUUUUGAAAGUAAUGCGUGUCAGAAGGUGUGAGAAUUUGACACCCGUAGCAGUAAAAUAAUUGUGUAAAAGCCUGACAUUUAUCCUUUAAGGGGUGUCGGGUGGCAGCUCUCCCGGCUGACAGGCAGUGGUAGUGUUCCAGAGCUCUCCGUCACGGACGCGGGGCGUUGGGAGUCCCGGCACGUUUAGGGGUGAUUUCGCUCUCUUUGAUCCCCCUGUUUGAAGGCCGUGGCGGGGAGAGGCAGCAGCUCACGUCCCCCUCUCUCUCUCUCAGAACGGCGUCUGGAAGGCUCCCUCUCCCGUGUGGGCGUACGGCCUCCCUCGCCGUGCUUUAAAAGCCCUCGCUCGCCCCGGGUCAGCGACCCCCGCACACGUCCCCGUGCGCUCUGUGCUGUCUGCCUGUCGCUGUAGAACAACCUGCUGUGCAGUGCCUGCUGGGAUACGUCUGUCCUCCAGGGGAGCGGGGAACUGGUUACUCACCUCUCCAUGGUCUCUGCCUGUCACUCUAGAAUAGCGUAGCGCUCUGUGUGGGGUCUGCUGGGAUACGUCUGUCCUCCAGGGGAGCGGGGAACAGGUACUCCCUACUCGGUGGUCUAUGCCUGUCACUCUAGAAUAGCGUAGCGCUCUGUGUGUGGGGUCUGGUGUAGCCCUGCUGUGCAGUGCCUGUUGGGAUACCUCUAUCCUCCAGGAGAGCGGGGAACAGGUACCUGUCUGUCACUGUAGAAUAGCAGGGCUCUGUGUGUGGGGGCUGCAGUAGCCCUGCUGUGCAGUACCUGCUGGGAUACGUUUGUCCUCCGGGGAGCAGGGAACAGGUACCAGCCGUUCCUCCUCUCUGGCUGCCACCCGCACCUCCUCGUCAGUGAAGAGCUCUCAAACGCGAUUAACCGCCACCGGCGUCUCGGCCCCGCCCUAAACCCCUCUCGGCUCCGCCUCCCGCCCGAGGCACUUCCUCUAGAAGCUUCCGGGGCCGGCCGGCGAACGCGUACAGCCCUGCGCGCGCACGCGCUAACUCGCUAACUCCCGCCGUUCACACAGACUGUGCUGUUUAACAGAGUCCGCUUCUGGGACUCGUUACGAGGAGCAAUUAGGCGAGGGGGAUGAAGGAGCACCCCACGCCUCCUUCGGGGACCGCGCCUCACCGCGUCUCCUAAAGCCCGCUUUUAAGGAGGGAGGGGGAGGGCCCCACGGGAGCCCGGACUCCGCCCCGCGUCUCCAGCACUUUUCCCGCAAACCGCUCUUCCCUCUCGCCCGGGAUCUGCUUCCCCCCGUUUGAAGUCGUGAAGUUUGUUUUUAAAGUUGCUGAAGUUAUUAUACCAGGCGUAAAAAUUUGCAAGUGAAGAGGAACUUUAUGUUGCGGCUCAUCGGGGCCUCCUCAGCGGCCAGGGCGAGGGUUUGAAGCCCCUGAUUUAACCGGGUCUUUACGGGCCGGUCCAUCCCAGUUAACCGGAACAGGUCGAGAUCCUGCUGGAAAUACGGCCUGGAUUUACCGGGCCUAAGUCCAUUUUAUUUGUAUUCGUUAUUUUUACCAAGGAGCGGAGAGGAGGGGCGAACGGCACGCCUGAACCCCCAAACGGCAGGCACAGGAGGUGAAAACGGCUACCCCGUGGGGAGAAGAGCCCUCAACCUCAGCCAGGGUGACCCAUUAUUUCCCCACAUUUCAAGUGAAGCAAAUUUUAUUUUAUUUUUUUAUUUAAAUUAUAUAUUUAUUAUACUAUCUUGCUCUAUAAUGGAGUUAGACUUUCGUGAGACGCAUGUAUUAUUUUUCUGAAUCUUCAGUCCGAUUUAUAGCUUGUUUCCUGAUGUCAGGCCACUUAUUGUGGUGUAAAGCACUAAAAAGAAUGAAUUAAAAAUGACAAUCAGAUCUGACCGAUGCCAUUUUCAAAAUGGUGGUGUGAGACCGGUGUUGGGUAGUCAUCCUGUGAGCUGGUGACUGUGGACACGUGCAGUGUGUGUUCACACGUGUGUGUGUGUUUGUGUGUGUGAUUUCUAAUGGCAGGAAAGCUAGUUUUGCACGUGUGGGUUCUCAUCAAUGGUGCUCCUCGUAUUUGAAUGAGAGGCAGCUCUUUGCACAUUUUUAGAUGGUGUUACAGGAUUGUUUCGUAACCCGAGUGAGGAAGACAUGUAUAUGAGUGAUAAAAUGUUUCUGUGAAGUGACAGCGUGAUUUGAAAUGAAUGCAGGCAGAGGGUUUUAAUCCUUUAGUUAUCCAGUUGAGGUCCAUUGAGAACAAGAAUGUUCCUCUUUUACAAAGACGCCCUGGGAGAAAUGCCAGAGAGAACAUUUGCAAGUGGGAGAGCGGGAGAGAGAGAGAGAUACAGAGAGAUGGAGAGAGAGUGAGAGUGAGAGAGAGUGAGAGUGAGAGAUACAGAGAGAUGGAGAGAGAGUGAGUGAGAGAGAGAUACAGAGAGAUGGAGUGAGAGUGAGUGAGAGAGAGAUACAGAGAGAGAGAGAGAGAGAGAGAGAGAGAGAGACAGAGACAGAGACAGAGAGAGAGAGAGGUAAAGCCCCUGGAGCAGAUUCUUAGGGUUUAGGGCCCUGCUCAAGGGUCCAAUGUCAGGGUUCUUUGUUUUGUAUUCAGUUUUUAUUCAGAGUUUUUCAUUUGGGGACCCAGUUUCUUCUCUCCAGAUGAAGAGAUCUCUCUUCAGCAUCCCUAUGUGCCAAAGGGGCUCGAACCAGCAACUCUGCACCUGUCAGUCAAGCAGCCUUUCGCUAGGCUACCCUGCCGCCCACGGAUAGGGCGAGGACAGGGAGGUGGGCGGGGCUUUCAGGCUGCACUUUUAAAUCCUUGUCCUGGACAUCCACUCUGUAUGCUGUCUUAUUCAAGCUCAGUUUUUUGUUUUAUCUUUCUUUUUUAUUAAUAGAUAUUUAAUCAUGAUACAGAUUGGUCAUCCAUUGACAGUUACUGUUGUAAAGUUACAGUUUGUGUGAGACUGGUUGGAAGGGUGUUUGUGGUAUUAGAAAGAGGUAUUUUUAUAACACAAUUUUCUCAUCUUGGGCUCCGUAAAUAAUAUAUUAUUAUUGAAAAAACGUUUUGAUUCGUGAGAUUAUUAAUUGUUCCAGUUUUAGGGACGGAUUCUAACAGAAAUAUCUCAGGUAAACCUUUAGCAGCUGCAGGUACCAUGCAUAAUCACACUUUUUAUCCAACAGUUUUUGUUCCAAUUGACUGCUCUGGUAAAUUUUAACUGUCGAGCUCAUCAUGUAAAGAAAUAGUAAUUGCCGGAUCUAUAUAAUUAAAAAGUGUCUGAAAUGGUGUGCGAUAUUAAGAUUCAUACAUUAUAGGCACACUGCAGUAUCUGUAUGCAAGGAAGGAUCUAUACUGGAUUCACACCAUAUCAAGGCAGUUUAUGUAUUUAAAACAGUAAAUGGUGCCAUUUGGCAGUAAAAGGAAGAAAUAUAAGUAAGUAAAUGCCGUUUAAAUGUAUAUUACGCUGUUUAAUAUAAAAAUAUAUUUAGUCAAAUGUUUUAUGCAUAAUUUAUGGAAAUAGAUUAUAUUGUAAAUGUAAUUUACAUUUAUAGUAUAUCAUUAAAAAAAAUUAUAAUCCUCCAAGUUUUAAUACUGUACUCGUGUUAAAAUCCCAGACUCAGUGUUAAGAGUUGAAGUUUGUUUCAAACUUAGUGUUCACGGGGAGGGGGCAGGUCUGU